UACAAGAUUCGCAUCAUUAAAGCCACUUUUGGCCUUUUUGGCUUUUUUUAUCUGGUGGCUUUUGAGAAUUUUAAAGGAGCUUGAAGGCUUUCUUAUCAGAAACUUUGAUGGCCCGAGAUAUUUGCAUUAAUGGAUAUCCAGUAAUUGAGUCAAAGUUAAGCUAAGCAGUCAAAGCAAGGUUGGCCAAAAGACUAGUAAUAGGCUGAAAUUAUUUCUGAUAACAUCAUUUUAAAAAGUUUCUGGAAAUUUUGGAAAAAUAAGAAUUAUUCCUAUACGAAUCCUGCUCGAAGCCCAUAAAUUCAAGGAUUCGAAUCAGAUUCGUCACGGCCGAAAUUCCUUAAAAGAUUCGACGAAUCUCGAAUCACGAUUUGCCCAACAUGUCAAGCGAUGAGAGCAUGAUAGCAGAUAUUUUCGUGGCUUAUCCGCUUGACCGCUUGACCGCUUUGCCUUAUGCCUCAACCAAUCUGAGUUGAGAAUUUCGGUCGACGCAGAAUUUAAUUGGUUCUUGGAAGGGGUUAAGCGGAUAAGCGGUGAAGCGGAUAAGCCACGAAAAUAGGAGCUGAUAUUUACACCGGAGAGCCAGGAGGCAAAAAUCGCCCGUUUGGAAGUGGCCCUUGAUAUGGAGAAGAAGAAGACUGAACAGAAGGAGAAAGAGAUGGAGGAGAAGGAGAAAGAGAUGAAGGAGAAGGAGAAUGAGCAGCUUCGUGCCAAAUUGGCAUACGUAAACAUCGCAAAUAACUUAAAGGCUACACUAAAUCUGGCAAUGGCGGGCACCGAAGAGCCCCAGGAGAUGGUACCACGAAUGGCUGCAAACAUCAAGGAAGCCAAUGACUUCGUGCUUUCUCAUCUCAUCAACCAGCCAGAAGAAUCCAUGACGACUUACAUUCGAUCAACUAACGUCAUUGAUAAUUUGAAAGAGGUUCUCCGGUUGUACGGCGAGCACCUCGUAGCUAUCAUUGCUGAGUAAAUACUUCUUCGCCACUUCUGCUCCGUAACUGUAAAACUUGAUGAGAAAACCGUAAGAAUGCAAAUAAAAGACCUGUUUAAUUCUCCGUA